UCAUAGGUCAACGGGACAGUGUGAACAGACUUAAAAAGCCACCACUGUCGCACCAGGAGGGCAGUCGUUAGAGGGAGAGCGACAGCGAUGGCUCGUCUCACGUCUCUUCUCUUGGUGCUGUGGGUCGGUGUCACAGCGAGCACAGUGGUGGAUCUGCAGAAGAGAAUCAUCGGAGGUCGAGAUUGUGGACGAACUGAGCGUCUGUACCAUGUUGAAGUGAGAGCAUAUUUAUUUGAUGGACGUUUCACAUUCUGUGGCGGCUCUCUGAUCAGUAACCGGUGGAUUCUGACUGCAGCACACUGCUGGAAACCAAGAAGGACUAUGAGAGCAGUUUUAGGUAUCCAUCCAGGAGGUCAAGGGACAGAAGUGGACAUCCAACAACAUCCCAUCUAUACCGACAACCAGGGCAGGCACCAUGACAUCAUGCUGCUGCAGCUAACUAACCCUACUCAGAUUCAGCCUGUUCCACUUCCUAUCUGUGGCCCUCCCAAUCCUCUCAAUAGAGGUGAUACAGUUGAGAUUGCAGGUCGUGCAUCCAUGACUAUGGGCCCCACUAAAAAAAGACAACCUGGCAGAUCAAACACUCUCCAAUGUGCAGAUACCACGGUUGUCAACUGUCCGGGUAUAAACUAUGAACACCUGUUCUGUGGCCAAAGACCUGGAGUGGAUGUGUGUUUUGGUGACUCUGGUGGAGGAGUGGUGUUCAAUGGCAGGAUUUACGGUGUCAUAUCUUACACUUGUAAUGGUAAACGUGCCUGUGUUGCACCAGCUGGAUUCAUGGACGUCUGUAGAUACAUGGAUUGGAUCGAAAGAACUACCGGUAUUGCCAGACCCAGACCUGGACCCCGACCCGGACCCGGACCCAGACCUGGACCCGGACCCGGACCCAGACCUGGACCCAGACCUGGACCCCGACCCGGACCCGGACCUAGACCUGGACCUGGACCCAGACCUGGACCUGGACUCGGACCCAGACCCGGACCCAGACCUGGACCCGGACCCGGACCCAGACCUGGACCCAGACCUGGACCCGGACCCGGACCCAGACCUGGACCCGGACCCGGACCCAGACCUGGACCCAGACCUGGACCCCGACCCGGACCCGGACCUAGACCUGGAUCCGGACCCGGACCCAGACCUGGACCCAGACCUGGACCCGGACCCGGACCCAGACCUGGACCCGGACCUGGACCCCGACCCGGACCCGGACCUAGACCUGGACCCGGACCCGGACCCAGACCUGGACCCAGACCCAGACCCGUACCCAGACCCGUACCCAGACCCGAACUUAGAUCCAGGCCCAAAUUGGAUGUCUAA